AAAUUUUUACUGAAUAAAUAGAUUUCCAAGUUGAAGAUUGAACAGUUUUAACGUUUUUGUUCCCUUUUUUUUUUCUACAAAACUUUACAUUUGUGGACUCCCUCUCUCUUUUUUUUUUUGCUCUUAAAUCCAUUCUCUAUAUUUUAAUUUAAAUAUGCCAGCUGCCGCUGCUAAGAACAACCAGAGCGAAAUUGAGACCAAGAAGAUGUCUAUCGUCUCUCAAAUUCCCUCCGAUGUCGAGACCAAGAAGGCUAAGGAUAUCGUAAAGAAGCUCGCCGCUGCUUCCGAUGAAGAUCGUGAAGCUGUCGCCGCUGAACUUGCUUCCGUUAUCAAGGCCAAUGGUAUUCUCUCCCUCAAGCCCGUUGUUGAACAACUCAAGAAGGAUAUCGUCAACAAGAAGAGUGCCGCUGCUCGUGCUGGUGCCAUCGCUGGUGUCGUUGCUCUCACCAACGAGAACCUCCAAGGUCAAACUGAGCCUUUCCUUGUCUCCUUCGUUGCCAACCUUUUGGAACUCCAAUCCGAUAAGCAAAAGGCUGUCGUCGAGGCUGCUUCUGCUGCUGCCAAGAACAUCUGUGAAAAGCUCAACCCUAUUGCUUGUCCUCUCUUGGUUCCCUUCAUUCUCGAAGGUCUUGGUAACUCCUGUAAGUGGCAAACCAAGAUGCUCGCUCUUGAGCUUUUGGAACUUCUUGCUAAGCAAAACAAGGAAGAGUUCAUUGUUGCUAUUCCUGAUGUCAUCCCCACUGUCUCUGAUUGUAUGUGGGAUACCAAGACUGAUGUCAAGAAGAAGGCUACUGAAACCAUGGGUGUCAUCUGUUCUCUUGUUGAGAACAAGGAUAUUGAACGUUUCAUUCCCGCCGUUAUCGGUUGUAUUAACCACCCCGAGAACGUCCCCGAAACCAUUCAUUUGCUCGGUGCCACUACUUUUGUCCAAGAAGUUGACUCUGCCACUCUUUCCAUCAUGGUUCCUCUCUUGGGUCGUGGUUUGAACGAACGUGCUACUCCUAUCAAGCGUAAGGCUGCUCUUAUUAUUGACAACAUGUCCAAGCUUGUCGAUGAUCCCGAUGUUGCCGCUCCUUUCUUGCCUCUUCUUUUGCCUGCUCUUGAGAAGGUCCAAGAUAUGGUUGCUGACCCCGAAUGUCGUGGUGUUGUCCAAAAGGCUCUUGCUACUCUUCAACGUGUUGGUAACCCUGCCAUUGAGAUCUUCACCAAGGAUCAAAAGAAGGCCAAGGUUGAGUCUUCCAUUAAGGAACUCUUGCCCGAGAACAUGGAUUCUUUCCUCGACACCACUGUCACCUUCAUGAACGAAGUUGCUCUUACUCUUUGUGUCUCCAAGAACUUCUUCAAGAAUGUCUGGAUCAGCUCUCUUGCUCCCUAUGCCAAGUCUUUCCUUUCCGCUGAGGAUUCCGAGAAGCUUGCUUUCUCUGCUCUUAACAAGUGUGAGGAAGCUGUCACUGCCAAGGAUGAAGAAGAGGAGGAGGAUGAAGGUGAGGAUCUCUGUAACUGUGAGUUCUCUCUUGCUUAUGGUGCCAAGAUCUUGUUGAAUCGUACUGCUCUCCGUCUUAAGCGUGGUCGUAGAUACGGUCUCUGUGGUGGUAACGGUUGUGGUAAGUCUACUCUUAUGCGUGCCAUUGCCAACGAACAAGUCGAAGGUUUCCCUCCUCGUUCCGAGCUCAAGACUGUCUACGUCGAACAUGAUAUUGAUGGUUCCGAAGCCGAUACUCCUCUCGUUGAGUUCAUCUUGUCCUCCAAGGGUGUUGAGACCACUGACCCCGUCGAAGUCAAGCGUCUCCUUCUCGAGUAUGGUUUCUCUGAAGUCAUGCUUACCAAGAUGUCCAUUGGUGAACUUUCCGGUGGUUGGAAGAUGAAGUUGGCUCUUGCCCGUGCUAUGUUGAUGAACGCCGAUAUUCUCUUGUUGGAUGAACCUACUAAUCAUUUGGAUGUUAUCAACGUUGCUUGGUUAGAGAACUACCUCUUGGGUCUUAAGACUGUCACCUCUCUUAUCGUUUCUCACGAUUCUGGUUUCUUGGAUCAUGUCUGUUCCGAUAUUAUCCAUUAUGAGCCCAACUACAAGCUUAAACGUUACUCUGGUAACCUUUCCGAGUUCGUCAAGAAGGUUCCUCGUGCUGCUUCUUACUACUCUCUUGAGGUCUCUCAAAUCUCUUUCACUUUCCCUGAGCCUGGAUUCCUCGAAGGUAUCAAGACCAAGGAGCGUGCUAUCCUCAAGAUGAAGAACGUUGAUUUCCAAUACCCUGGUUCCGACAGAAAGCAAUUGAUGGAUAUUUCCAUGCAAUGUUCUCUUUCUUCUCGUGUUGCUGUUAUUGGUCCCAACGGUGCUGGUAAGUCUACCUUGAUCAAGUUGUUGACUGGUGAGAUCGAAUCCGAGGUUGGUUCCGUCUGGAAGCAUCCUAACUUGCGUAUUGCUUAUGUUGCUCAACAUGCUUUCCAUCAUAUUGAGAAGCAUUUGGAUUCUACCCCUAACGAAUAUAUCCAAUGGCGUUACGCUACUGGUGAAGAUCGUGAAGAACUUGACAAGAACGAUCGUAUGCAUGGUGAUGCUAACAAGAAGGUCAUGGAACAAGUCUUCGUUAUCGAUGGUGAGAAGCGUGUUAUCGAAGAACUUGUUGGUCGUAGAAAGCUCAAGCAAUCUUACGAAUAUGAGGUCUCUUGGAUCGGUCGUUCUUCUGUUGACAACACCUGGAUCUCUCGUCAAAAGCUCGAGGAUAUGGGUUUCGGUAAGAAGAUUGCUGAAGUUGAUUCCGCUGAAGCUGCCAAGAUGGGUCUUAACCGUCCCUUGACUUCCAAGGAAAUUGAGAAGCAUUUAACCGAUGUUGGUCUUGAAGCUGAAUUCGCCACUCAUUCUCGUAUCCGUGGUCUUUCCGGUGGUCAAAAGGUCAAGCUCGUUGUUGGUGCUGCUAUGUGGAACAAGCCCCAUAUGUUGGUUCUCGAUGAACCUACCAAUUACUUGGAUCGUGAAUCUCUCGGUGCUUUGGCUAUGGCCAUUAAGGCUUACGGUGGUGGUGUCGUUAUUGUUACUCACAACCGUGAAUUCACUGAAGCUCUCUGUGAUGAAGUCUGGAUGGUUGAUGCCGGUCGUUUGACUGCCUCUGGUCACAACUGGGUCUCCGGUAACGGUACUACCAAGAUCGAAGAAGCUAGCGCUGAAGAUCAAGUCGAUGGUCAAGGUAACACUAUCAAGGCUGUCGAGAAGAAGCAAAAGUUGUCUUCUAAGGAACUCCGUAAGAAGAAGAAGGAUCGUAUGGAACGUCGUAAGCGUGGUGAGGAAGUCUACACUACCGAUGAAGAAUUAUAAACUCUUUUAUACACUUAAUUCUUCUCUUCCCCUCCAUUUUUUUUAGAUCCCCUUUUUUACCAUUGAUUAUAAAUUAACCAUUUUUCCAUUCUCUUAAUUUCAUAUUCUCCCACCCUAAAAAUUUUUUAAUAAAAAAAUAAAUUUUGUCACAAUAU